UGUGUGCCCCGGACUCACACAGGCUGCUGGCUCUGCGGCGACAGCUGCCUCUGGCUACUGCACCGCCCGAAUCAUCUGUAGCAGAGAUGUGUGCAGAGAGCAGGCCGUGGAGGCGGCCGGACGACAAGCCGGUGCCGACGGUGUGGCGGCGCUUCGAGGGCCGGCGCCCCAUGGCGGACGGGCAGCGGCCGCGCUUCGUCGUGCAGGACGCGACGCCGGAGCUGGACGACGCCGUGCUGGAGCUGAUGGCGACGCACUUCCUGCGCGACGAGCCGGUGUGCGGGGCGCUCGAGCUGACCGGGGAGGCGGCCGCCGUGCGGGACAUGGAGCGGCUGUGGCGCCGGAUGCUGGACCAGCGGACGGUGCUCGUCGCCCUGCUGGAGGACGGCCGCGUCGUCGGCGCCAACAUGACGUCGCCCGAGUGCCUCGCCGACAAGGACAGGAAGGAGGAGUACGAGGGCACAAGGUCGCGCAGAGCAUUCGCUGCGUACGACUACAUCAAGUCGCUGGUGCAGCCGGACGUGUUCACGCGCUACGGCGUCGACUGCUACCUGACGGCGCUCGGGCUGUGCGUGGACCCCGAGUACCGGGGGCAGGGCGUGGGAGAACAGCUGCUGAGGGCGCGCUGGGACCUGUGCAGGGCCCUGGGCAUUCCGCUCACCCUCACCUGGUUCACCGCCACGGCGUCGCAGGUACUGGCUGAACGAAUUGGUUUCGAAAUGCUGGCUGAAGUACCAUAUGCUGAAUACGACGAUCCGGACAUUAAAAGAAGCAGCACGCCCACCACAAAGCUGAUGGCAGCACGAAUAACGUAGUCGCAUCUAACAGAUUUUCUUUCUUUUUUUUGUGUAAUCUUGCCUAUGUGUCACAGUUGCACAUAUAUUUUCUAUACCAAAGACACAACCACUGAAAUAAAGUUUCAAGAUCGUUCAGUAAGUAUCUGUAUGUACACUUGGAAUAAAAAGUAUUAUAAUUUGA